AUCAGAACAUGAAACUCUUGUCUUCCUCCUCUAACUUCUUCAUACACCGGUGGCAAUGCCUUCCAAGAAUGCCCCUCCGGGAUGUAUUUCCAGAAUGUUUCGCCGUCUUCUUUGCUCCGAUUCUAUCCCCAAACACCCUUCUCCUCCUGAUCACGUAGUUGAGAAGCCGAAGCAAACAAAACCCGAAGAGGCGGGGAGAAGAACAGGGGUUGUGGCUAAGCUAAUGGGUUUGGAAUCAAUGCCGCCCAGAACUAAUUUCAGUUCAAAUUGUGUUACCCGAAGCCGCUCGAUGGAUUGCCUGAGAGAACCCAACUCUAAGGAGGAGAUUCCUCUAAAAGCUCGUAGCUUUCGCGAAAUUCCCACCUACUUAGAGCUAGAAGAUGAGAAUUUCUUCAUUCUUAGCUUUGAACAUGGAGGAAGAAAGAGUGCAGAGUGUGGGAAAGUUAAAAACAGCCCCAACAGAAGAAGGCAAAGUGUUUACCGGAAGUCCAGUGAGAUUAAAAACAAGACUUCUGAGAUUAUUGUUGGGAAGGAUGGAGAGAAGGUUCAAGAACCAACGCGCGGAUCAACUGUGCUGCCUCGCGCCCGAAAGGAGGUUGUUCAGAAGAGGAAUACGAAGAAGAAGAAAGAGGAUUGCAGGCAAGAGAGAUUCAAGAGGAAGAUGAAAGAAGAAAAAGAUUGUAAUUUGGUGCACAAAAUGAAAGUCAAAGCAGACUGUGAUGAUACAGAGAAGUCAAGCCCCAAUUCUGUUCUUGAUUUAGUUGAAUUGGCAGCUCUGCAAGACACUUCUUCUUCUACAGAAAAGUAUUCAAAAUUGGCAAGUUUGAAAUCACGUCGCACCCUGUCCGAAGAGCUUGAGAAUCACAGGGAGCCGAAAAGCGGAAGUGAUGGUUUCAAACCUCAACAGAGCAAUAAAGUGUAUUCUCAAACAAAGAAGGAUAUUUGUAAAGAAGAAAAUUAUGUAGAGUUGUGGGGAGAAAUUUGCAAAUUGACCAGAAUGGAUACAGUUCAAAACGAAUGGGCAGUGGAUAAAAAAGAAGUAUGUAAAUAUGAAAUUUGUGGGAGUUUGGAGUUUGAAAUUGUUGAUGAUUUGGUGAAGGAGAUGGUGGAGCAACUUUACGUUGAUUCCAAGACAUCUUUUGUUUGAUUCAACUUAAAAAGUUUUUGUAUGUAAAAUUCAAAUCAUACACCUUUGUACAAAUAGCAUCGUGCUUCCAAUUGUCCAAACAAACAAGAGUUUAUCAUAAGAUGUGUAAGGUCUCAUGAUAUAAUAAACAAUAGUACAAUUUGUUGGAAAU